AUGGCUCGAGUCAGCACCAUAUGUUCCGUUGCUCUGAUUGUCAACUGUGUUUCCCUGCUUCUAUCACCAGCCUUGGCAGAGCCCUUGCUAGGUCUAGGGCUUGGAGUGGCCGGAGGAGCUGGGCUUGGUGGAGGAGACUGUUUGGCUUCUAUUAAGGGGUUUCAAGCCUGCGUCCAAGAGGCCACGUCCUUUAUCCCGAGCUCUCAGAUUCGACUGGUAGGGCCUAAAUGUUGCAGAGCCUUGGUUGACGCGAAUGACAAGUGUUGGCCGAAGGCCUUGCCUUUGAACCCUUUCUUCCCACUUUUGUUUAGGAUCUACUGCAACAACCUGCUGCGUUUAGCGCAAUCUCCACCACGACACAAGGAGGGAAUGCUGCGAACCCAGAAUUUGUUAGUCAGCAGAGACACAGAACGAAAGAGAAAUCCUCCUCAGAAGCCACAUCCAAUAUUGUUUAGGCCUGUCAACGGAUUGGAACCCUUGCUGGGUUCAGGGCUUGAAGUGGCGGGAGGAGAUGGAGGGUUUGGUGGAAGUGACUGCUUAGCUUCCAUUAAGGGGCUUCAAGCUUGCCUUCAAGAGGCCGUCCCCUCUAUCCCGACCUCUCAGAUUCAACUGGUUGGGCCCAAAUGUUGCAGAGCCUUCAUUGACGCGAAUAACAAGUGUUGGCCCAAGGCCUUGCCUUUGAACCCCUUCUUCCCACUUAUGGUGAGGAUCUACUGCACCCCCCAGCUGCAUUUAGAGUCAUCUCCACCUCGACACAGAUGAUCGUAUCAUGGCGGUUGGACUAUCUUUUGGUGGGUAAAAUAAAAGUGGUUAUGAACGAGAAAUUUCUUUUUUUUUUUUCUGAAAAAAAAGGAAAAAAAGAAAUGA